UGAGAGCUGGUAGGGCUUAGAGGAGUUUAAGGCGCAGUGAAGUGCUUGUCUUGCGUGUGCACUUUGAGUCCCCCUGAUCCGUUCGGCUUUUAAAAUCGGGAGGUGGAGACAGCAGCACACGGUACUAUGGCAGAAGCUAUACCUGAAACCCAGGGUGUUUUUAAACGUCUUUGAUAUACUGACUUCUACUUCUGCAAAACAACAGGAUCCAGAUGGCAGCGCAAUGUGUAACGAAAGUUGAACUAACAGUCUCCUGUGAGAAUCUCCUAGAUAAAGAUGUGGGUUCAAAAUCUGAUCCCCUCUGCAUGCUCCUCAUGAACACCACAGGAGCGCAGUGGUUUGAGGUGGACCGCACUGAAAGAGUAAAAAACUGCCUCAGUCCAAAGUUUGCCAAGAAGUUUGUUAUUGAUUAUUACUUUGAAGUGGUACAAAAACUAAAGUUUGGAAUAUAUGAUAUUGACAACAAGACGAUUGACCUCAGUGAUGAUGACUUCUUGGGGGAGCUGGAAUGCACUUUGGGUCAGAUCGUGUCCAGCAAGAAACUGACUCGACCACUUGUCUUAAAGAAUCAGAGACCAGCAGGAAAGGGAACAAUAACAAUUAACGCAGAAGAAAUCAAGGACAACAGGGUGGUGAAUUUUGAGGUGGAAGCAAGAAAACUGGAUAACAAAGAUUUCUUUGGGAAGUCAGAUCCUUAUUUGGAGUUCUACAGACAAACUGAGACAGGAUGGCAGCUGGCACACAGAACAGAGGUGGUCAAGAACAACCUGAACCCUGCGUGGAAGCCAUUUAAAAUCCCCCUACAGUCCCUCUGCAACAGUGACAUGGAGAAGCCCAUUAAGGUCGAGUGCUACGACUACGACAAUGAUGGGUCCCAUGAUCUCAUAGGGACCUUUGAGACGAACCUGACCAGGAUGCAGCAGGGAUCCCACACCUCCCCGGCUGAAUUUGACUGUGUAAACAUUAAAAAGAAGCAGAAGAAAAAGAACUAUAAAAAUUCUGGGGUUGUGAGUGUUAAGUUGUGUCAGGUGGUGAAGGAGUACAGCUUUUUGGACUACAUCAUGGGGGGUUGCCAAUUAAACUUCACUGUGGGAAUAGAUUUCACAGGGUCCAAUGGAGAUCCCCGGUCACCGGACUCCCUGCACUACAUCAGCCCAAAUGGUCACAACGAGUAUCUCAUGGCCAUAUGGUCUGUCGGCAUGGUCAUUCAAGACUAUGACAGUGACAAAAUGUUUCCGGCUUUUGGGUUUGGUGCUCAGAUUCCACCUUCUUGGCAGGUAUCUCAUGAAUUUCCUUUGAACUUCAAUUCAUCAGCUCCAUUCUGUGCAGGCAUAGAGGGAAUUGUGGAAGCCUACAGAGUGUGUCUGCCUCAGGUGAAACUGUACGGACCCACAAACUUCUCCCCCAUCAUAAACCAUGUAGCCAGAUUUGGGGCCCAAGCAGCACAGCAGAAAACUGCAUCUCAAUACUUUGUUCUCCUCAUCAUCACGGAUGGAGUGAUAACAGACUUGGACCAGACCAGGACUGCCAUUGUGAAUGCCUCCAAGCUACCCAUGUCCAUCAUUAUCGUUGGCGUGGGGGGAGCAGACUUCAGUGCUAUGGAGUUUCUUGAUGGAGACAAUGGGAACCUCAAGGCCCCCACGGGCGAGCCUGCCCUCCGCGACAUCGUCCAGUUUGUGCCUUUUCGCAAAUUCCAAAACGCUCCGAAAGAAGCUCUGGCACAGUGUGUGUUGGCGGAGAUCCCUGGUCAAGUUAUGUCGUACUUCAACAUGAUGAAAUUGAGCCCACCCAAUGAUCCGACUCCAGCCGCCAGCAUCUAACGGGAAUUCUCUCUUGUUUUCUCCUGUAUACAGUACAUGUUCAGAUAAGAGGAAAACCCAUCAAAGAAAAAGCUUAAGUCCUGACUGCUUAAAAAGUAAGAUUAUUAUAAAUUUAAGUAAAGACAAGAGCAGUAGAAAACCUCUACUGUACAUACCGAUGUUAUUACAUAUCCUCUUUAGAGUGAGUAUUCUUGGGCAUUGUGUCCUGACUCUGACCCAUCUUCAAAUUUCAUUGUGGGUUUUUUAAGUUAAAAGAAGAUACCCCUGGCAAGCACAGGCCACAGUUAAGGGCCCAGUUUAUUUCAAAUUUGCAAGUAUGUCAAAGUUUGUAUCCUAGGUUAGAUGUCUUUUUAAGGUAACAAGGCAUAUUACAGUAUGUAAACUGAGAGGUGAGAUGCCAAAAAUGUCGAUUCCUUUAGUGAAAUAAUUGUAUGACUUUGCGAAGGUUUAUAUAGUGAGCUUGGAAAGAGCAACAGUUAUCAUCCUGUAAUGGUGGUUUAUUCUCCUCCAAUAAUAGUUCAAUCUCUUUUGCAGUAUAGUAAGAUCCAGUAUUUGCACUGCGUAUCCAAUGCUUAUAUAUUUUGAGCUGUUUACACAUUCUACACAUGCUUUAAACCAGAAAAGUACCAUUGUCAGAUGCAGAGAAACAUGUUUUUUGUAUGACAUUUUUAAUGAAUGUUUUAUUGCUUUGUGGGGAUGGGGAGGUCAUUUAUAGCAUAAUGUAACAGUUAUACAGUACCUAACAGUUAUACAAGGGAGCAUGCAUUAAUGUUUAAUGCAUUGGACAUGUCAUUCAUUAAAUUAAGCAACAAGAAAUGUGCCCUCUGACAAGAAAAGUUCUCUGACACUGGUUUAACAACUGGCACAAUUAAAGACAUGGAGAAUCUAUUAAAACAUUUGAACUGCUUUAUUUGAUGGCUGUAUGAUCAGUGGCAGUGCCUCCUGGGUCCAUCUAUUGGGCAGCAGUGUGGGGUUUGAUACCAUAAUAAUAGUUACACUUGGUGACAUUGUAAGAUGUUUUACAUUCUUUUCAUUGUUUUGUCAGCUUGUUUGCUUUUGCCUUUCUUGUUUUCUGAGGCAAGAGUAGGGGAACUUCCAGCAAUGCCGUCCUUUGGCAUUGGCACUGCGUGAACAUAUUUUGAACAUUUCCAAAGCGUAAAUAAUAUUAGCACUAUGUGAAUCUUUACUUGCAUCAGCUCUCAGCACCAAUAGCACUAUAUAUUCUUUUCAGCAAGGUGUUUGUUUGUCAUUAGGGGGACCUCAGUGCUGGCUCCUCACUUUAAGAGGAAAAUUUACACGAACUUCGUCUGUUUUUUUUAAUUGGCCUGUGAAUACCACAAUGUUUUGGAAAUUAUACUAUUAAGAAGAUUCAUUUUUAAAAUGCAUCUGUUAAAAAAUUGAUAUUGUAAAUUUGUAAUACCCCAGACAAGGACUUGAAGAAGAAGCCUGAUGAAAGCGCCCAGUAUUCACAGAUCUGGAAUAUACAGCACAUCAUCUUUCUCCUUAAUACGUCAAGGCUAAUUCCAAGUACCUUGUCAUUCUUUGAGAUGAAGAGUGCCAUAAGGAUGCUAUGACAAACAUUUAAUAGCAAUGAAAAUGACUUUUUAAAAACUCAAAAUGUGCCAUAAUACACUGGGAUUGGAGGAAAACAUUGUCAAAUUGAGAUAAAACCUUAUGUAUAUGGGGCAGCUCCUGUAUGCUUGUGCCAUAACACUGGUUGAUUUUCACAAAGUUUGCUCCCUUCCAAAACCUGUUCCUAGUUUUCUGAAAAUAAUCAUAAAUGUUUAAAGGCACAAAUCAAAGAAGUCACUUAAAAUAGUUUUGGAAGGUAAGGUGGCUAAGGUGUAUGUUCUGUGUAUCAAGGAAUGGAAUGAUAUAUAAAUCUUUAAUCACUUCAUGAGUAACUAAUGGGAGCAAAUUUACAAUGAAGAUUGUUACGUAUGGGAAUCGUAGCCUAUUUUGUCAGCACCGCAGUCAGUAUUUGAGGAUUUUAGGAGCUUACGGUACAUUGCUUAUCUGUUUACACAAAUUAUGGAAAUCAUAGAAGCCAUAAACCAUAAAUGUCUAGUCAGCUUUUAAUGUUUUUAAGUGUUACUGUCCAACCUCUAUUAGCCAGAAAACAAUAAAUUCUAAAUAAAAAUGUGUUUAUUAGUCCAA